AUGCAUGGAUUACAUUUUUCUCUGCCCUGCCUACAACUGUUUCUGUAUGUUGUCUGUCUGGUGCUAUUAUAUCAUAAAGAGAUAUUUGUAUGUCAGUCCAUUCACCAGCUUUGAACUGGGAGACAAAAUUGUCCUAAUUUAGGCCUUUCAGGUAUAUCUAAGAAUUUUGCUUUUUAAAGUAUACUUUUUCUGAAUUAGAGUAGAAUAAUAUAUUUCAUAAAUUAAAGUGAAUUAUGAGGGCUUCGUUGUCUGUGUAUAUCCAAAAGCCUCUGUUAGUAGAGGCGCCUAUAUUUUCUAUAUCUAAAUAAUAGUUUUAUACACUUACAUUCUGGAAUCUAUGAGGAACUUUCUAAUGUUAAAUUUAUAUUUAUAAUCUAAUCUAGUUUUCUUGCAAGAGAAGCAUUUAAUAAUUUAGUUUUAGUCUGCUUUAACGUACAAAGGAAUCAUUUCACUGUCUUGGGGAAUGAUUGCUUUGUUGAUAUGAUUGCUUUUCAGAUACUUGAUUUAUCAAACACUAAAAUGUUGAGGAUAUCAGACUCAGGCUUUCAGCAGCUUGGAAAUCUGGAUUGUUUGUAUCUAGAAGCUAGUAACUUACUAUCAAAUGCUUUUGAAAUAUAUAAUAAUCUUAAAGGACUGUCUGAAAAUCAUUUAAAAGAUUUGUCAGCUUGGAGUUAUCUCCUCCUGAAAAAUUCAAGAGUUAAAAACAUAAGUUGGAAGAGGUCUUGUAGAGUUACCAGUGUUAAACAUCUGGUCUUAAGUCACAGUGCUUUAAAAAAUUUAAGUGCAGUAACAUAGUUGUUAAAGAAUUUAAUUUGCCUUUACAUGGAUAGAAAAAUACUCAGCAUUGAUAAUAAUACCUUUGAAAACAUGGGAAAAUCUUUGAAGAUCCUUAAUCUGUCAUUUAAUAAUCUUACAGACUUACAUCCAAGGGUCCUUAAGCCAUUGUCUUCAUUGACUCAUCUUCAGGCAAAUUCUAAUUCUUGGAAAUGUAACUGCAAAGUAUUGGGCCUUCUCGACUUGCUAACAUCUUCAGCCAUUACAUUAAACUUCUGUUGUCAGAACCCCACCCCAUCAAUGAGCGGCUGAGCAUUGCAUUUUAUUAAGUGGACUGAGUUUACAAAUUGUGAUACAUCUUCAACAAAUGUACCCAGAGCUUGGGCUGUAAAAUCUCUUCACAUUCUUCACAAGACCACUGCGUUUAUGAUGGCCUGGCAUAAAGUAACCACAAGUGGGAAACAUGUGGAAAACAUUGAGAGUGUCACUUUCUGGGAAGGAGUUCGCACUUCACCUGCCAGUACGUUUUCUCAAGAGAAUACCAUUGCUAAGCCAUUAGAAACUACAGCAGUAUUACCUGUGCAAAUACAGCUUACUUCUGUUAACUGGAACUUGGAAAAAAACAGUGCUUUACCGAUCGAUGCGGCGCCAGUGUCAGGGAAAACUGUUUGUACGCAAGAAGUUGAAAAGUUGAAUGAGGCUUUUGACAUUUUGUUGGCUUUUUUCAUCUUAGCUUGUGUUUUAAUUAUUUUUUUGAUCUACAAAGUUGUUCAAUUUAAACAAAAGCUAAAGGCUCCAGAAAACUCAGGGGAAAAUAGGCUUGAAUACUACAGCUUUUAUCAGUCAGCAAGGUAUAAUGUGAUGGCCUCAGUUUGUAACACUUGCCCAAGUUCUCUAGAAAGCCCUGCUUUGGAACAGAUUCGGCUUCAUAAACAAAUUGUUCCUGAACGUGAGGCACAGGUCAUACUCUUUGAACAUUCUUCUUUAUAAUUCAACUAAAUUUUGGCUAUAAGAAAACUUCAAUAACAUGGACAUAACAAAAUUAAAAUCUCCUUAGAGAACUAGAAAAUUUAUUUGAAAAUACGAUGAAUGG